AAACUCCUCCGGAGAUUCACGUACUGGAGAGCAGAGCAGGGAGCUUUGGCUGUCUGACAUACCUGGUUCAAAUGAUGAGAAACCUUCUUCUCCAGCAUUGCUUCGUUUUAAAGGAGAGCUGCUGGCCUGCCUUGCCAGCUGAGCUUUCUGUGCCUGCACUGAAGGAACAGCCUGACCCUCCUGGAAGAAGCUGUUUUCUGCAGCUGAAAUCUUAGUGCAGAAGUGUGGAAGAAAUCUGCUGUUCUGGGAGCAGCUUGGCUGUUCUUGAACAGUGGGUUUGUGCUCCCUGGCAGUGACUUGGACUUGGGAAAACGCAGCUGAGUUGCUCAGAAAAAGAACAGACCUUUCCUUGAGUCCUUCACUUGGGUUUCCGUUUCCAUCGGCACCUUGCAGAGCGUUGCAGACAUGCGCCCUCUUGCUGCCUUGGCCGAGAGCAGGAUGAGGAGUUGAGGAGGUGCUGCCAAGGUUAACGGCAGCUAAAGGAGCGGGUACAUGGUCAGGCAUUGCCAGGACAUCCUUCUCUCUGAAGGAGCUCUCUGUGCUGUUUAUUCCUCCCCUCCUGGUUCUGGGGAGGUGCUGUGCAGGCUGAGGGCAGCAAAUGCGCAUGGGAAGAGGCAAAGCUGAGGGGGGAGCUUCGCCUUGUUUGCAUGGAAAACAUCUUUUUGUUCUGCAUAAAAACCAGGCAGAAAUAACCACUGAUAGUGCUUGUUCAGCAGAGAUUUGUGCUGCCUUUCCUUUGGAGACCCAGUGGAAGAAGUCACCUUCCAAACUGCACUGCUCAGAGGAGCUGCUUCUCCCAGCUGUCAAGACCUCUGAGCUGCAGGGAAGAGGACAGGGCUGCCUGGAGCAAUGUCCAGCGACCCCCCCCCGCCCUACCCGGGGGGCCCCUCGGCGCCGCUGAUAGAGGAGAAGCACGGCCCCCCCUCUGCUCCAGAGGGUGUCACCCCAGUGGUGGGACAGCCCCAGGGGGUUCCUAUCCCCCCUCCUGAGUUCGGACCCCCCCCAUAUGAGCCACCCUCACAGCCGGGGUUCAUACCCCCCCACAUGCCCACGGAUGGCUCUGGGCCCUACGUGCCACCAGGAUACUACCCACCCCCAGGCCCUCACCCCUCCAUGGGCUACUACCCUGGCCCAGGCCCCUACCCCUCUCCUGGUGGCCACACGGCCACAGUGCUGGUGCCACCGGGAGCCGCCACCACGGUCACAGUGCUGCAGGGAGAGAUCUUCCAGGGUGCCCCCGUGCAGACGGUGUGUCCCCACUGCCAGCAAGCCAUCACCACCAAGAUCUCCUACGAGAUUGGGCUCAUGAGCUUCCUUCUUGGCUUCUUCUGCUGCUUCGUGGGGUGUGAUCUCUGCUGCUGCCUGAUCCCCUGCCUGUUCGAUGACUUCAAGGACGUGACACACACGUGUCCCAACUGCAAGGCCUACAUCUACACGUACAAGCGCAUGUGCUAGCGGCACCCGGGAGCCGCUGGAGCGCCGCCGGCCCCGCCCCGCUGCCGCCCGUCCGUCAGUCAGUCCGUCCGUCCGUCCCCGCGCGUGCAUCGCCCUCGCUUCCCGCCGGUGGUGUGUAUGUGUUAUCCCCGGCUCCCUCCCGCGCCCCCAGCUCUGCUCCUCACUGGGAAUAGUUGGAUUGGUGACAGAGGCACAGGGGAGGGGGGCCCAGCCCCCGGACGCUGUGCGGGGGCUGCCCUGCGGUGCACAGGAGUGGGGGGCAUCGCCCUGCACCCCAUCACACUCCAGGGUGUGAACGAGGCCCCUCUCACCUGGAGCAACCCUGGGAAGAGCAGCAGCUGCUGGAGGUGCCCAGCCCAGUCCCACAGUGCAGGGGAUGUGCUGGGAUGGGGGCCCAGGAGGGGACCCAAACAGCCCAUGGUGCCCUCGGGAUGCAGCACAGCCUUUGUGGCACUUUCAGGAAGGGGUUCAGUGACAAGGAGACAGGGCAGUGCCACACACCAGGCUUCCGUGUGGUUCACAGCCCCCUGCAGCCCCGGCAAAGCCCCUUCCCGAGGGGAGGCAGAGCCUCUAAGCACAGAGGGCCCGGCAGCAGCGCUGUGCCCUCCCCUUAUCAGCACCUCCGUCCUGCCCUGCCCUGCCCGGCGGCCGCUCCAGCUGCAUGCGCCUCCUCCAGCCCCGCGGCUCCGGGGCAGGGACAGCCCUGGGGCAGGGACAGCCCCGAGCAGCCCUGGCCCCUGAGAGCCGAAACCACUCCCAGCAUGUCCUGGCUGCCCGGCACGUAGAGUAGAGGAGUUUGUUACCAGGCUGCAGCUCCAGAGCCGUCCUGGGCCCGGCAGGGUCUGUGGGGCCCUCCUUGCAUGUGGUGUAGGGGUUUUAGCUCACUCACCUGAGGCAGAAGGAAGGGGCAAGCAGGCAGCCCCAGGAGCUGCCAGCAGCACUCCACAGCAGGGGCCAAAGGAGCCGGGAGCCAAGUUCAGCCCCUCGGGGCUGCUCCUCCCUCCCCUGCCCCUGCAGCUCCCAGAGCAAAGUGGGGGGGUCUCUCAGUACACAGGUCUGCAAACACAGCCUGGCCUGCACAGGCAGCUGCUGUUUGCUCAGGGGUGGAACUGUGGCACUAGUCAGUGUUUUUAUGUAAAUAAAUAACAGACCCUGGG